AUGCGUAUCUCUGCGUCACUCAUUGCCAUCGCUCUCUCAAGCGCCUUCAUCGCGCAUGCCCAGAACAUCGUCUUGACGAACGAUGACGGAUGGGCUGAUGCUCAGAUCCGCGCCCAGUACACCGAUCUGACAGACGCAGGCUUUGACGUCGUUCUGUCCGCUCCUGCUGAGAACGAGUCGGGGACAGGCUCGGAUUCUGCGACGCCGACUGUCCUGACCGAGCCCUGCGAGUACGAUACGUGUCCGGUCGGUUCUCCUGCGGAAGGCUACAAUGCGAGUGAUCCUCGUCUGAACUAUGUGAACUCGUACCCUGUCGACGCUGUAAGCUACGGCAUCCAGACUCUCGCACCUCAGUUUUUCGAUGGCGCGGGUCCAGACUUCGUCGUCAGCGGUCCGAACAUCGGCAACAACCUGGGAACAGUAGUCCUAGAGUCAGGAACGGUCGGCGCAGCAUGCGAAGCCUCAAAGUUGGGUAUACCCGCCACCGCGUUCUCCGGCGACACCGGCGCCCAAGUCUCCUACACGACUCUCGAAUCCGAUCCCACUGCCUCCUCCUCCGAGUCCUCAUGGAUCUACGCCGCCCUCACCGUCUACUACACGCAAACCAUCCUCGCCAGCGGCACUUCCGGAUCCUCGCUCCUCCCCGCAGACGUCAUCGUCUCGGUGAACUACCCAAGCAUCGAUGACUGCGCGGACGCGACGGACUACAAGUGGGUCUUUUCGCGCAACCUGGCGAGCGAUGACGCGACGGAUUAUGAAACGUGCGGAAGUACUACGCUCCCUGCGGAGAGCGACGUGGUCGCGACGUCCGGCUGCUACUCGAGCGUCACGGUGCUUAGCAUCACCAACAAGACGGAUGUUGACGCGGCGACGCAGGCGGAGGUGUAUGCGGCGCUUACGGCGUUGCCGUUCAGCUGCUUGCCUUCAUAA